AUGCAGAACGCCUGGACUGCGCGCAAAGCUGAGGAGAUCCAAGGGUACGCAGACCGCAAAGAAUGGAAGAACUUCUUCUCUGUGAUUAAAGCUGUCACGGUCCGCCGACGAAGGGCACUGCUCCUCUCCUCAGCGCCGACGGCAGCACUCUCCUGACUGAGAAGAUGCAAAUUCUACAGCGAUGGGCCGAGCAUUUCCGAGGCGUCCUCAACAGCCCUCCGACAUCUCCGACGCCGCCAUCGAGCGUUUGCCGCAAGUGGAGACCAACGUGGACCUCGACCUCCCGAUCUCUCUAGGAGACCAUCAGGGCCGUGCAGCAGCGCUCCAGCGGGAAAGCACUCGGAUCGGAUGCAAUCCCUGCUGAGGUCUACAAGCACGGAUGUCCCCAACUGAUGGAUCACCUGAUUGCGCUCUUCCAAGAGAUGUGGCAUCAAGGUGAAGUCUCGCAAGAUUUCAAAGACGCAUCCAUCGUGCAUCUCUACAAGCGCAAAGGGAAUCGCCAAGUCUGCGACAAUCACCGCGGCAUCUCCCUGCUUAACAUCGCCAAGAGGAUCUUCGCUCGCAUCCUCCCCAACCGCCUCAAUAACCAUCUGGAACAGGGCCUUCUGCCGGAAAGCCAAUGCGGCUUCCGUCGUCAUCGUGGGACCACGGAUAUGAUCUUCGCCGCCCGUCAACUUCAGGAGAAGUGUCAGGAGAUGCGGACCCACCUGUACUCUACCUUCGUGGACCUGACGAAAGCCUUCGACACGGUGAAUCGUGAAGGACUGUGGAAGAUCAUGCAGAAAUUCGGCUGCCCGAAACGAUUCACUCAGAUGGUGCGUCAGCUGCACGACGGUAUGAUGGCGCGAGUCACGGACAACGAAGCUGUCUCAGAGGCAUUCGCAAUGACCACGGAGUGA